AGUUGGUAGUGGUUACUGAGGUGUUGUGGUGUGGUGUCGCUCGCUCGCUCGCUCCUCCCCCGUUCGUAUCCCCCGCAAACAUGACCAUAGUCACCAAGCCCAAGACGGAGAAGAAGGCGGAAAAGCCGCUCGAGAAGCCGCUGGUCGUCAACGAAGUGACGGGCACAGAAUGUGGGGUAGACCACACUGUCCUGGACCCCAACAAUGGUGACGUCGAGGCCUGGCUCUCUUCCAGUGCUCGCCGACGGGUCUCCACCGCUACCACCAUCUGCGUGUUCAUCACUGCUCUGAUGGUCAUGAGCAUUGGCAUCAUCGGUGGUGUGUACCUCUACCGGGCAUUCUCGAACCGUCAAGGGUCACGAUUCCGUGGGUGGUGCGGCAUUCCUUACGAGCGGGAUUCCCUCCAUCUCAUGGGCAACCCAAAGCUUCCUCUUGGUGGCAACCCUGCUAUUUACAAGGGCGAUGAUGAUGCUGAGUGGACUUCGGAAAGCCUGUUCAAGGAAGAGUUUGAGUUGGACUUGGACGAGGACAGCUACGAGGAGAUUCGUGUUCCAGACUUUGGCAUUGGUCGUCAGGGGCGCUUCAUUCACGACUUCAAGUUUAACACGACUGGCAUCAUUGAUCUCACCUCUGGCCGCUGCUACGUCAUGGCCCUGGACCACAGCCAUGUUCUGCCUCCCCGUACUCUCCUGGAUCUCAUCAAGAAGAUGUGGAUGGGCUACUACAAUGUGGAUACUCAGGUUGUCCGUGAAACUAUGCGUGUGGUCUACCCACCCAUUGAAGACUUGGAAUCUUUUGGAACACACAUUGCCAAGUAUUGUGCCAACUUCUCCACCUAUCGAAUGGAACGCAUUUACACCCCUGACAUGAAGAAGCGCAGUGUAAGUGAAGGCACAGAGAUAGAAUUUGUGGAGUUUGCCGGCAAAAAGAUCGUCCAGUUAACAAUUCGGGACGACGGGAGCAAGUCUCAAGAUGAGGAGUGAGGCGUGCGUGAAGUAACCAGGUAGUACUGUACAACACCUCCCCCGAGUAAGCAGGCCAAUCACACCGCUUUGCUCAUAUGUAUUAGUGACGAGAGAAUGAACGAGCAAUAAUCGAGUUUGGCGAAAGUGUGAGCAUACAGUGCAGAGUUUGUGCUGAGGAGGCCUUGAUACACUGGCUGGACUCCUUAUGAAUGUUACCGUACCUGUACGAGAUUUGUAAGUUUCAUGUAAAUUUGUAAUGACAUUUGAAAGUUUUUAGUUCAUGUGUUGGAUAAGCAAAUUACCAGAAGGCAUUGUUGUUACUAUUAAACCACUUAAACAACGAUAAAACACCCAAGACAAUAAAUCUCUAUCGAGCUGGAGGAUGAUACUUUGACUGGCCUUUUGACAUGAUGUAUUUGACUUGCGUAGAAAAUAAUAAAUAGGUAAACUGUCAAAACCUCCAGUAUUUGUUAAUGCAUACUUCAAUAUAUUCUUUUUCAAAGUUUGGAUUUUAAAAUUAAUAUACUAAUAUAGGCCAUCUAGCAGAGGAACCUUUAUGACAAAAGAGCAAGUCAAGUGUACAAUUUAAUUUCCUUUCAUUGUAGACAAAAUUUUGUAUAAAUAUUUUAGGAGUAUUGGAGUAUACUUUGUAUUGACUUGCUGGUCAAUACUUGAGUAAUGUCACUGUGGAGUUGACUUAUAGCUAUGAACUUAAAUAUUUUCAACACUGGAAUAUUGCGCAAGUCCCAAGAUGUUUCGUUGUGGUUAAAGAGUAUACAGGUUGUCUGCGGAUGGUUGUGUCGUGUUAGAGGCUUUGUAUGAUUUUUAUCUCGGGAUUUUGAACUCGAAUCUCAAAAUCUUGAGGCAAGUUACCAAUUUAUGGAUGAUUUUUUUUUCUGGGUAUUGGAAGAUUUUUGUCAUGACUGGUUGGAGAUUUUUGAAUCAUUGGUGCAUGUUGACAAAAUAUAUUCCCACUGGGAAUUCUUAAGUAGAAUUACUUGAUUACUGAACUUAUUUUUGAACACUAGUUAAGGCAGAGUGCAGUGUACUACUGACUUACCUAAUGUGGCGUGCAGAGAGCCUCCCGCCAUUGUAAUAAUUAUUCAGUGCCACUGGUGUGUCGUGUUCAUUGGAAAUGUGCGUUUUUUUUCUUGAUUUAGAUCCCAUUUGUAGUUGUAUUUAUAUUAUAAUUGUCAAACCACGUCACACGUCGGUGCAGUGAGGGGGAAUAUUUGUUUAUAUAUUUAUUAUGGGUAAAAUGCUAUUAACAAAAUUUUUGAAGAUAUUUGAGUAUAUGGAGAAAUUAUCAAUAAUUAGAAAUAAUAUAUACAGUAAUUUGAAGAGAGUAAGAACUUUUGAAGGGAGUAAGAGCUGGUGUUUAACGUGACGGGAGUACACUGCAUUGUAGCGUAAUUCUCCAACUCAGGUGUAUGAUGUCGAGUUAGAGAGUUGAUUAAAUGAUACUGUUUGUGUAAUUCUGUGUAGUGCCAUUCUUGUUGUAUUUAAUAUAAAUGUUUGUUUAUUUUAAGAAUUUGGGCUCUAUAUCAAUGUUUUCCAUGGCCACCCAUACUCAGAGUAUAAUCACCUGGCCUGGACUGUUCUUUUUCAGUAUAUUAGCGGUUUGUGUGGGGAGUUAGUAACUGUAUUAAAUUGUUUAAUUAGGUAUGCUUAAUAUUUUUUGCCACCGUACUCUUUAUGUAGUAUCAAGAAAUACAAAUGUGAAAGGUCCAGGUUAACUUUGGGUUGAAGUCUUACAUUAUUCAAGUUUAGUUUUUAGUUUUGCCAAAGAUUGUUUGAUGCAUAUCACAGAAUAAAAGACAGUUCUUUCCUCGGGGAAACCCUAGAUACGGUUGUGCUCCAGCUGAAGCGCACUUGCCGAAAACUUCACCUAUGUUAUUUAUAGAAGUUACUGAAUUAUAUACUGUAAGCAAGAGAAGCAGUUUUAAAUAAAUACUGACAUGAUGAAGUUAGUUUAUUGCAUAUAAGAAUGAAAAGAGCAUCUCCUUCACGAGUCAUCCGUUGUGAAUUGUCAUUUGGAAAGUUCCGUUUUAUGGGAAAAAUUGGACGUGGCCACAGGUGUGCGUAGACGUGGGUGAUGUAGGUUGUGUACCUGCUCAACGGGUGUGUGAAGACGUGACGAUGAUCUACACGAGACUUAUGAAAUUUUUUAAUUUUGAUUUAGCCCCAAAGUUGGCUCAUUGCUGAACGAGAAGAUGGCUAACAGAGCUGUAAGGUCCUCGCUCGUGUUGAACAUUGGCUUGUUGAGAAUGUUAGUGUUAUCUAAUGCCAUUAUUAAAGUUACCUAAAGCCAUUAUUGCUGUAAUGUAAUUUUCAUUAUUUUUUGUAAACUUUUUAAUUAAGAGUUAUUAAAUAUGAAUUAGGAAAAUGUUAUAUAUAUAUAAUAUAUAUGUAUGUAUGUAUGUAUAUAUAUAUAUAUAUAUAUAUAUAUAUAUAUAUAUAUAUAUAUAUAUAUAUAUAUAUAUAUAUAUAUAUAUAUAUAUAUAUAUAUAUAUAUAUAUAAAAUAUAUUUCCCUUGCUCCAGAAAUUUUGCAUUAUACUGUAUAUGCUAUAUAUAUAUAUAUAUAUAAAAGUCAGAUAUAAUAUUUUACUGGUAUGUAUAGAGAUACAUAAACUCUCUUGAACUGUGUGUUCUAUUUUCUCAGUUAAUCACAACUGUUGUUUGUAUAAAACAGCAGAGCAUCAACCAGCUGGAGAGGUUGAAAUAAAAAAAAAAAAGCUUUACAUGUCUGUGCUUUUCUAAAGGAGAUUUGCCAAAUAUCGAGAUUUGUAUAGUUAAGUUCGUGUCCUCUUGAGCUUUCAAUUUACGGAGCAUUUAAAUUCGGUCAUUUAUAAGCUUGACUGGUAGCGGUAUGGGAAGAUAUUUAAAAGUAAAAAAGAUUGCAUUAAUUAGUUGAUUUUGUGUGAUGUUGACAGGUCUCCUCCCUGGCUUUCCCCUCCAGCAAAUUUCAUCCCAGGGUGUAGAACACGACUGCUCUAUGGCUGCCCUCUUAACUUAUUUUCCCCUAUAAACUUUAGAUAAAAUUGAUAUGACCACUUACAGGAAUCUUAUAUUGUAAAAUGAUUGUUAUAUCUAACUAUUGCCUUAUGUUCUAAGUGAGCCACAUAUCACCUAAGUAGCUGAUCAUUUGGUGUCGAAUGUGACUUGAGAAUAUGAAUUAUAGGUCUUGGUCCCAUUGACACCAUUAUACGUCUGUGCUGGCUCUUAAUAGCAGAGACUUGUAAACUUGUGGAUAUUGUACAGUACAAACACUUUUGUCAUUAUGCACCACAGGAGCAACAUAUCACUGGAAGUGUUAUUUCAUGUCUCUGCCAUCCUGCUUGACUCCGUUUCCUACAGUAAGGUGCUGCUAUCUAGUGUCCACACACCACAAGAACUAAAUCUAUACUUAGGCUCAAUUAUUUCUAGUUCAAUUUCAAAUCUGGUGGCAAUUAGAAGAGUGUGACUUAAGUUACCCAGCUACAGUGUUUCCAUGAUGUGACUCU